GCGACUUGGCUCUCGACCUUCGCCGAGUCCGUAGGGGAGUUGCAACGAUGAGACACGAUCGUAACUACCAAUUGGAUAUCACAAAAAAGGGGGUAACGCCAUGGGCCAGAAAAGUUUGAAUACAUUGGCCAUGCUGUCAAUCCAGCAUGACUUCUGUCGCGUUAGAAACAACUGGAAACUCGGAGCUGGGAAAUCUCAGAUAUCAGUGAGCUCCUUGGCUGUGGCUAAGGAGGAAGUACCACGCUUUGCCACUCCUGAAAUUUUCCCCUGAAGUGUAUCGAGGAUGUUUUCUGCCGCUGACGGAUGGUUCUUCCUUUUCAAAUGUAAACAAUAGGUGUAGAUUUUGAAGAUAAUUUGAAAGAGCGUCUCACUGUUUCACGUUUAUAUACUUGAACAGAUGAGUAUAUGUGACUGAGAAACGAAUCACGCAGUUCAACAUUUCUGACUGGGUGUGUGUAGGAAUGACAAAACCGAUCACAAAGCAGAUCAUCACCGAACAAGCUGUAACCAGAACAACCUGUUGACUCAAUGCCCAUAAUGGUUUCUGGAGUUGUACGCGUUGUCCUGUUCUCGGUCCUUGGUAUAGGAGGACUUCUGACGCUGUUUGUAAUGUACUUUCAAUCAGCUCCAUCUCAGAUCUGCCCUCCCCAGCCUGCUUUGCCACGUCAUUACUCAAAGCCAUCUGAGAACAGCUCCUUGUCUAAGAAGCAGCCAGAGCCAGACAAGCCCAUCAUGCUGUUGUGGUUCUGGCCUGAAAACCGCAGGUUUGAUUUUAGCGAUUGUACCACUUUCUUCAACAUUGAUGGCUGCCAACUGACAGAUGACCAGUCUUUGUACAACAAGGCAGAUGGGGUGCUCAUCUUUCACAAAUCCAUCAAACAUGAUUUAUCCAACUUGCCUCCAUCACCUCGACCACCAUUCCAGAAGUGGAUCUGGUAUCAUGUGGAAUCACCUACAAACACAAUUAGAAUACCUGGUCUAGAGAACCUUUUCAACUUGACCUUGAGUUAUAGGGAAGAUGCAGACAUCCCUGUACGUUGGCGCUUAACUGCAAGGAAAGGUCAGGGUGAGGACUUUGUGCUGCCCAAGAAGGAUAAAUUAGUUUGCUGGAUUGUGAGUAACAAUAACCCUGCAACUGGAACAGCCGUAAGGGAUAACUAUUACAGAGAACUUGUCAAACAUAUUAAGGUGGAUGUCUAUGGAAAAGCCUUUGCAAGAUUCUUGAGAUAUGAGGACUACUUCUCAACACUCUCCAGCUGUAAGUUCUACCUCUCCUUUGAGAACUCAGUCCACAGAGACUACAUCACUGAGAAGCUUAACGGACCACUUGCAGCAGGAACAGUGCCAGUAGUAUUGGGCCCACCGAGACAGAACUAUGAGGACUUUGUCCCGGGAGAUUCCUUCAUCCAUGUUAAUGAUUUUCCCAAUGCAAAAGCCCUGGCUGAAUUCCUCCUGAAGUUGGACAAGGAUGAUGAGGCAUAUCUGCGCUACUUUCAGUGGCGUAGAAACUUAUUUGCUCAGAAACAUCUAAUUCAACUGAGUCAAGAGUUCAUCCAAUCUAUUUGUUAUGCCUGUGACCAUAUAGGCAAACAUAAGGAGUACAGGGUUGUUCACGAUCUUUACAAAUGGUAUUUAGUUUAAUUAGUCUCUUCUGAUGAGCUAUUACCAUCACUGGUGUAGCCCCCCCCCCCCCCCCUGUAAAACUGCAAAGUUCUCACUCAGCCUUAUGGCAGAGUGUGUAGAAAAGCACAAAAUGUGCUUGAACAAUUGUAUAUUCUCUCUAAAAAUAUACAAUUCUCUAGCAUGAGUUCACCUAUUAAACUUCACAUGUUUUUGCGAAACUGCGGUAGGCCACUGAUUAUCAUCAUAUUGUCUGUAUGCUCUUUUUCUUUAGGAAAUAUUUUUGUAGAAUGUACUACUCUGCUGAGUGCACUCAUUGCGACACAUUGAGUUUUAUUAUAGGUCUAUUUGGCGGGGAAAUAGUGAAGCCAGCUGUAGCCUGUUUCUGUUCAUUAGUCUUUUUUUAAGUAAAGUGAAACAAAGCUAUGUCUUUGUUGCUUUUCAUUAAAUUGUAUGGCUGUUACUUAGCCUUUGGUCUAAAAUAAAUUCGUUUAGAAGGGCAGAUUUGAAGGCUUAUAUGUUGUAUUAUAGGCUAACGAAUUUGUGAAAAUGAACAGUUCCGACGAAAAUAUUCGGACUUGGCAAAAGGCUGACAUUUUUUUCGUUUCAAUUAAAAAAUAUACUCGCAUGACAAUAUAAAUGGAAACAUUGUGAUUUUAUAGACAAAUUAUGAAAGCGAUGGAGUCCAUCGGUUACUGCACUCUCACCAUCAUCAAUAUCAAUAUUUAAAUUUUUGAAAUUCACCAAAUAUUUUUUUGUAUAUAUACACAAAUGAAAACAUUGCGGUAUGUGUAAAAAGACAGUAAAAUAUUAUAUUUCUCAGAAGUUA